AUGGUACGAUUUGAUUCUGGUAUCGCUGAUCGCAUAACUCAUUUAAUUGCAAGCUACCUAAUUGCUGUGUUAACACGACGAUUCUUUGUUUUUGAUGACACAUGGCCAGAAUUUUUCGAGAUCAUGCGUACAAAUUUAGCAUUCCGUCCAGAAAUAAUCGCACCAUGGAUAUCUCAUUUGAAUAAUUUAAAUAAAAACUUGUCUCAUAAUCACUCGCUCUAUUUGAGUAAUGUAUGGCAAAUAACGCGAGCACACCGUUGCCAGACAGAAUUUGAUUGUGAAAAAUUAUUUCCAGAACGAAUUUUGUUUCUUAAAAGUCAUGCUGGAAAUGUGAUGCAAAUGUUGACAUCUUCAACGAGCGUAUAUGCUUAUUUCAUGCAAAACAUAUUAAAAAUGCGACCAGAUAAUAUCUUUGGCUGUCUGUAUCAUAUGCUUCUUAUUCCAUGCCUCUCAACAUUUAUUGAAGCUAGUUCAGUGGAAAGCCGAACUGAUGCUGUAUUGUUCCAGAAAAGCCUAGAAACUCUUCUAUCGCCAGAAUUUCCAACAAUUGGAAUUCAAAUACGUAUUGGUGAUUUAUUUUUGAAAGAAGAUAGUUCUGUUGACACAAAUGAUCCAUCAUUAAUCGAGCGUUUUGGAGGUUUCUUCACAUGUGCUGAAGAAUUAAGUGCUUCUAAUCCAGAAACGAUAGUUUUUCUAAUGUCUGAUUCAUUUCGCAUUAGAAAAAUUGCACUUAAUCGAUGGUAUUCCGGCAGUGUCAAUCACACCCAUAUUCAGUUACUGACAAGCACCACACAAGUAAAACAUAUUACAUAUUCAAAGGACAUAUAUAUUGGAUUUCGUGAUGGUCUUCUAGACAUGUUUUUAUAUUCACUGUGUGACCAACAUAUAUUAACACGUGAUAGUGGUUUUGGUCGUGUACCGGCUUUUGCUAGUAUGAAAAACCGUCCACUAUUUAGUUUAACGGAGAAAGCCAAACCAAAGUGUGCACUUGAAGAAGGACAAGUGACUUUCACUCAAUCGGGCAGCGAAUGGUCAGGAGUGAAAAGCUAA